GUAGUCGGAUGCACACCGGCUUACGAUGCGAGAGGUUCUGGGUUCGAGUCCCGUGUAAGGAAUGGGUGUCAAUCUAUGUACGAUAAUUUGGAUUAUGAUAUGAUAAUGAAACAAGGAUUCAAAUACGAAAUGAAAUGACCCUAUGGCCAUUGGCGCACCGCUGUAGGCCACCAAAAAUUAUUGAAGUGAAGUGAAUUCAUAGACCCGGCAUGCGAAAGAAAAGAAUACAUACGGCUAAAAUGUCUACUUGUUUUCAACAAAACAAAUCCUAUUCACGGUGAAGUGUUAACAAUAUUAUCUUUACAAUUUUUUUUUUUUUACGCUGGCUAGAGAAAAAUUAACAAUCGAUCAGUACUCAUUUCAAAGUUGAGUUAAACAUCUUCGACUUGUUUUCAAAACAACCUAACCUAACCAUUUACCCAAGGACCUUCGUAAGAGCCUAGUACAAUUUAAAUACUGUAGAUAAAUUUUUAUCUUUUACAGUUUGUUUUUUAAGGGAAGUAGAAUUCUUAGUGAGAUGUUUUCACCAAUUAAAAUACUAGUUUGUUGUAGCAGACGUUUAAUUUCAAGACCUCACCUUCGUUGCAGUGUUGUGCGGGAUUAUUGUCGGUGGGUUCAUCGCCGACCCGUGCGUGUUGUCGAGCCAGAGGAUUAUGAAAAUGGCAAACUGAAAAGUAGAACUCAAGCAAGGCUUUAUAGGCAGACUGAUAAUGAAUCUUCACAAAUCCUUACCGCCAGUGAAACAAGUGCCGAUUUACCUUCAGAUCAGUCAGAUGAAGUAGGGGAAAGAAUUUCGUCAUACGAAAUUCAGAUGGCAAAUACACGUUCUCCAAACAGCAGAAGCCAUAAAUUGAAGGUGCAGAAGGGCAAAAAUGACACAUCCAAAAAAUCUGCUUCUGAGAAUGAAACACCAUUCUAUACCAAAUUAAGUGAAAAUGAUGCUAUGUUUAGCAACUUGAUGAGCUCUGUCAAGUCGAAGAAACAGCGAGAGAAGAAAGGCUACAUCCUGCUGGAAGGGCGAAGGCUCAUUGCCGACUCACUCGCAGCGGGGGUCGUCCCCCGGUACGUGUUCUUCAGCCGCACGAGCGACGUGGCGGGCCUGCGACUGCCUGCGACUCAGCUCUACAAGAUCCCGUACAAGACCAUCUCCCUGUGGUCGGACGUGACUACCUCCCAGGGAGUAAUUGCAAUCUGCAAACUACCAGCCUCCGAGGACAUAGAGUCAUCAGGCGAAGAGCUACCCCUGACCAUCGUUUGCGACAACGUGCGAGAGCCAGGGAACCUGGGAGCGAUACUGAGAACAGCCGUCGGAGCGGGAUGCCGGCAGGUGGUGCUCACAAAAGGUUGUAUGGAUCUGUGGGACCCGAAGGUUCUUCGAAGUGGAGUGGGGGCUCACUUCCGGAUGAAGAUCUUCCGAGACGUGGCUUGGGAAGAAGUGUCGGAUAUUCUCGGAACGAGUUUCGUGUGCCUUGCGGAUAACAAUCUGGGUGACGCGGACUGCGGUGAAUCGGAAACCGGUGAACAUGACCAGGAGGCCAAGGACCCUCAGGCCAGGCACACGGUACCCGUUGUCCCGUACUACGACGUGAAUUACGCCCGCCAGACCUCUGUGGUGCUGGUCCUGGGGGGCGAGGCCCACGGACUGAGCCCCUCGGCCUACCAGCUGGCCGCGAGCAGGAAGGGCGUCCGGGUGCACAUACCCCUCGCCAACGGCACGGAGAGCCUCAACACAGGCACGGCCCUGGGGGUCAUCGUAUUCGAGAUGAAGAGACAGUUUCUUACACGCAUUCCCGACGAAUCUGAAGACGACAGUUUUUCUGUAACAAAAGGCUGAUUUAUCCUGUGUAAACAAUAAAGUUUGAAAACUUGUA